GAGCUAAUCACCAUGCAUUGAUCACAUGGGAUGCAACAACCUCAAAAUCGUGGAAAGAGAUGGAGCUGCUGGAAUACUCAGAAUGGACAAACCUCACAAACACUAGUAACAGUACGAACGGGAGCAGCAGCAGCGUGUCGAGUUGCCCUGGCGCCGCAAAACUUCGAGCCGAUUGGGUGAACACAGCGUUCGGAGAGUGUAUCGACACGCCGCUGAAAUACGUCGCCUUUUUCAUCGGUCUCUCUUCCAUUCUCUGCUGGCUAGUGGCGCAGGCUCCGCAGCUUGUGACCAACUGUAGACUGGGGAUCGCCGAUAAAGCUCUGUCAUUCUGGUUCCUCCUACAGUGGUUCUUAGGAGAUGCAACAAACCUCGCCGGGGCCCUUCUUACACAUCAGCUACCCUCCCAGAUUAUCACGGCGGUGUACUUCUGCAUAAUUGACACGGUCAUGAUGAGCCAGUUCCUCUACUAUGUCGUCAAGAAUCAGGGAUGGAGAGGUCUUCCACGAAUAUUCCUGUGUCCCAGGAACACGGGAGCCACUGCCGCCAUUUUCCUCCCCGGCCUCGUCUGUCUCACCCUCCUGGCCAGCUGGCCCUCUCUCUCCUCCCUCUCCUCCUCCUCCUCCUCCUCCUCCUCCUCUCGCCUACUCCCAACAAGACACGGCAGAGUCCUCCUGUCACUAAGAGACAGCGACAGUCAAAAUUUGACUGACUGGAAUGAUGUGGAGUUUCUUGUUGGCUACAUCAUUGGUUGCAUCUCAGCUGUGUUCUACCUCGGCUCACGGCUGCCUCAGAUCGUACAGAACUUUUCCCGUUGUUCAGUGUCAGGGGUCUCGCUCCCAAUGUUCAUACUGGCUGUCAUGGGCAAUGUGACUUACUCUCUGGGGAUAUUUCUCUACUCGACGGAGGACCAGUUUCUCAUCGCCAAGCUCCCGUGGCUUGUCGGAAGCAUCGGAACCUUGUGUUUCGACUUUACCGUAUCUUACUACGUCAACAAGUGGAUGACUUAUUGUAUAUUCACCCAGUUUAUCAUCUACGGCUGCUUCGGAAAACCCUGUGGUCAUGGCGGUGCCAGGAAACUCCGCAGGGGGUCAAAGGUCACCGACGACGAGGAAGAGCCUCUAAUUAAAGGAAAAGACGAGGAAUCGAGUCUCCCCUGUUUCAGUUCCCAGGGCAACAUCCAGGGAGCAGUUCAAGACGAGGAAGAUGAAUGGAGAGUUAGCGGACGUACAAGAAACGGUUAUGGCGCACUUACCGACAACAAAGACUAACCAACAACUCGAUGACAGUCAACUGCACUUGUAAAUUUUCGUUGAUCUGUAUUCAUGCCGUGUAUAGACGUUUAACUAUCGUUUAUUACUUAGUAUGCGUCUGGGGAGCUGCAGGGUGUCGCUGCAUGGUGGAAGGGGUGAGUUGAGGUGUCUGGGAGGUGAGACAGACACCUCGUGUUCAUAUGGUGUAUGUUCGUUUGUUAACGGUUCCGCCCAUUGCUAACAG